AUGGCGGCGGCCGCCACCGCGGGCACCGCCGCCCGCAGUAGCAGCAGCAGCGGCGGCGGCAGGAGCGACGCCGCGGGCACCGGCGGAUCGCAGCCGCCGCCGCCGCCGCCGCAGUCGCAGCCCGCGGCCGCCCCGCCGGAGCCCCCCAGGAAGCCGCGCGUGGACCCGCGGCGCCGCCAGGCUGCCCUGUCCUUCCUCACCAACAUCUCGCUGGACGGACGGCCGCCCCGGCCGCAGGGCGCCGAGUGGGGCGGCGGCGACGACAAGCCCGCGGCGGGCUGCGCCUGCGGCUCCAGGACUCGGCACAGCCUGCUGGCGGCGGCCGAGCGGGGCGGCGGCUGCAGCGCGCUCUCCGCGGUGGGCACGGCGGCGCUGGCAGCCUCGGCCCCCGGCUUCCCGCAGCCCUCGCCGCUGCCCGCGCUGCUCCCCGGCGGCGUCUCCGGCCCCCCGGGCGCGGGCCGGGCGCCGGGGGAGCCCUGGCAGCCCGCCCGGCUGUCCGACGGGCUCGGGGUCUUCGGGCCGGAGGAGUCGGAGGAGGACGACGCCUUCGCCAGCGUGCAGGUGCCCGCCGCCGCCUUCUCGGGCUCGGCGACCCCCGGGAGCGCCGGCGGCAGUCGGGGCCGCCUCAACUCGUUCACUCAGGGAAUCCUGCCCAUGGGCUUCUCCAGGCCCGGCUCGCAGAACUACUGCGCCCUGGAGCAGCCCGGCCCCGGGGGCAGCGCCGGCGCCUUCGAGCAGCUGCAGAGGUCGCGACGUCGUCUGAUUUCCCAAAGAUCGUCCUUGGAGACCCUGGAGGAUAUUGAGGAAAAUGCCCCUCUACGGAGAUGCCGAACUCUCUCAGGUUCGCCCAGACCAAAGAAUUUUAAGAAGAUUCAUUUUAUCAAGAACAUGCGACAACAUGAUACCAGGAAUGGCAGAAUAGUCCUUAUCAGUGGCAGAAGAUCCUUCUGUAGUAUAUUUUCAGUGCUGCCGUAUCGUGACAGUGCCCAGAUUGGGGAUUUGAAGUUGGAUGGAGGGAGACAAUCAGCUGGUGCUGUAAGCUUGAAAGAGAUCAUUGGCCUGGAAGGCGUGGAGCUGGGUGCAGAUGGGAAGACAGUUUCCUACACUCAGUUCCUGUUACCCACAAAUGCCUUUGGAGCCCGGAGAAAUACCAUCGACUCCACCUCCUCCUUCUCCCAGUUCAGAAACCUCAGCCACCGUAGUCUCUCCAUCGGUCGUGCAAGCAGCACCCAGGGGAGCCUUGAUACAGGUAGUGAGCUGGGAGACUUCGUGGACUACGACCCCAACCUCCUGGAUGACCCCCAGUGGCCUUGUGGCAAGCACAAGCGAGUUCUGAUCUUCCCUUCAUACAUGACUACAGUCAUUGAUUAUGUGAAGCCCUCAGAUCUCAAGAAGGACAUGAACGAGACCUUCAAGGAGAAGUUUCCUCACAUUAAAUUAACUCUCAGCAAAAUAAGGAGCCUGAAGCGAGACAUGCGGAAACUUGCCCAAGAAGACUGUGGCUUUGAGGAGCCCACAGUGGCCAUGGCCUUUGUCUACUUUGAGAAGCUCGCUCUCAAAGGGAAGCUGAACAAACAGAACCGGAAGCUUUGUGCUGGAGCUUGUGUGUUGCUGGCAGCUAAAAUUGGAAGUGACCUCAAAAAGCAUGAAGUCAAGCAUUUAAUUGAUAAACUGGAAGAGAAGUUCCGGCUAAACAGACGAGAACUCAUUGCCUUUGAAUUCCCAGUUUUAGUGGCCUUGGAAUUUGCUCUUCAUCUGCCCGAGCAUGAAGUCAUGCCCCAUUAUAGACGCCUGGUCCAGAGUUCCUAGCACAGGAUCCCGCAUCUCUCGACAGAACCUCACAUACUACUGGAAAUGAUGCAGAAGCAGUACUCAGCCUAGCAUGCUUUUCCCUCUGUGCCAGCUUUCUCCCUCUCUGGCAGCUGGGGGAAACUUCAGGGAAUCUGCAAUCUGACUAAUCAAGAUGAGUUCCAAGCUGUUUACAAAGCUGCAGGGGAAAGCAAUACACCCAUUUAGGACAAGGGGACCCUUUGGUCCCAUGAGCAAGAAUUUUGCAGGGGC